AUGCAGCAGCGGCAGCAGCAACAGCAACGGCAGCAGCUGCUGCAGCAGCAGGGACUUCCUGCUGGGCAGCAGCAGCAGCAGCAGCAGCAGCAGCAGCAGCAGCAGCGGCAACAGCAGCAGCAGCAGCAACAGCAACAGCAGCAACUGCAGCAACAACAACAGCAGCAACUGCAGCAACAGCAGCAGCACGUGCAGUGUUAUCUCCCCGCCGCUUACAAUGGGAAAG